AUGGCUUCAAGCAAAGCACCUCCGCUAAAGACACUGCCACCAAACCAAACCCUUUAUAUCAACCGACUCAAUCCCAAAAUUAACAAACGCGAUCUUCGGCGAGAGCUGUACAUGAUAUUCUCGACAUAUGGGUCAGUCUUGGACAUCGUGGCGUUGAGAUCGGACAAAAUGCGCGGUCAGGCGCAUGUCACCUUCAAGAGCAUUGAGUCUGCGACCCAGGCUAUGAGAGCACUCCAGGGAUUCGAAUUUUUUGGUAGUGAAUUGAAAAUCUACUACGCAAAGUCGAAAUCAGAUACAUUGGCCAAACUGGACGGAACAUACAAAUUGCCUGUGCCUGAGAGCCGCCUCGAGUCUCCGUCCGCAGCCACUGCCAGUGGAAUGACUGCGCUGCAGGCCUCUGUUUUCGAUGCACCACCUAGUAACACAGAUGCUGCCAAGAGCGCAGCAAGCUCGGAUGGGAAACUAAAACCGUUGGCGUCUGAUGUCGCGGGCACGAAGCGGCCACGGGAGGAGGAUGACGAAGACAGUGACGUCCCUAUGGACGAAGACGAGGACGAAGGGAGUGCAAUGGAGGAAAGCGAUGAUGAUUGA